ACUAAACGCCUCAGUGCGGUCUCGCGACCCGUGAUACACAGACGUGCGUGCGCGCACAAGUUAGUGACAAAACAAUGGAUAAAUAUUGGAUUUACAUCGCUCUUUUAUCAAUAUCUUUCAGUGUUCAAGCUCUUCAGAUAGACGGAGACCAUUUCCCUGAUUAUUGGCAAGACGAUACAAAUUACGAUUGGUAUGACGACGAGCUACAAAAACUGGGCAUCAUCAGCUCAGAAGACAAAGAUAAUUUAGGAGAGAAUAAAAUACGAAAUGACAUAGAAGCGGAGAAUGAUCGUAAAGUUGCUCAAGAAAUAGAGGACUUUAGAAGCGAUGUUGAAGAUCAGUUCGGUAUUGAUUCCGCUGACGUCGACUUAGAAGAUUAUCAGAUCGAAGAUAAUCGUUCUAAAGGCGAAGAUGAUGAAAUUGCUAUUGAAAAUAAAGAUAAGGAAUCUGAUGAAAGCUUGGAUGAUAGUUUAGAUGCUUUGGAAGACAUAGCAGCCGAUGUAGCUGAUUUAAAUAGAAUCAAAGAGUCUCUGGAUGACACCAAGGAUGCUAAAAAUGACAAAGUAAAACCAUUGAACCCUAUUAAUAAAUUUGAUGCAGAUACUAAUGACAUAUUGGACCAGGAUAAUGUAAAUAAAAAUAAAACUGAUGAAAUAUUACAAGAAACGAAGGAUAUUUUGAAAGAAGAUGAGGGUAAGAAUGACUUUUUGGAAGUAUUACCUUUAAGUACAGAUACAUCUAAUUUAAAUGACACAAUAGAAGAAACGAGAAAAAUAUUAAAUAGCACAGACGAUAAAUUUGAUGAUGAGAUAAAGAAAUUUGAUUCUAAAGAAUUGGAAGACAUUUUAAAAGUAGAUGAAGACAAUCUGAAGAAUUUCGAAGAAGCAUACGACGAUAUGUUAGCUUUGAGUAAAAUGUCAGAUAAUUUGAACGAUACAAACUCAUUUAACGACACCGUUUCUGAUGACGAAAAAGAAUUGGACGAAAUUUAUAAAGCUUAUAUAGAUCUGGCUGGUGACUACGAGAACAUAGACGAUGGUAAUUUAGAUGUAUUACUCGGUAAGAAAACGAAGAAAGAGGAGGCUUUUCCUGAUGAUACGAGAUCUGAAGAAGAAAGCAAACAUAAACCACACCCAAUAGAGUAUUUGAAUGACGCCUUAAGCCCAAGCGAUGGAGUUAAGGAACCAGAUGCGGAAAUGAUUCCAGAAGUUACUACAAAAGUGGAAACAACAGACAACAAUAAACUUAAUUUAAACGAUACAGAUUAUAAUUACGUUGUUAAAUCCGAAAACGAUGAAGUAUUAGAAAAGUUCAUACACAAACAUGCCGAAGAUUUCAAUUUCAAAUCGGAGAAUUUCGACAAACACAUCGCUCCUAUACAUAUAACAUUAAGCGAGGACCCCGUGGUGGUAACAUCCCCUAAUUACCCCAGUAACUACCCCACUAAUAACAUCAUAGAUUGGAUAUUCUACGGAGAUGGGGAGGGUAUUGAAUUUAAUAUUACUGAUUUUGCCGUCAACGGUCACAUUGGAGAUUAUCUUUUAGUCAAACCAGGUGGCGUUGAUUCAUCUAGCAAUAAUGGUCUAAUAUUCUCCUAUACUCUGGCAACUAAGCGUCAAUACUUAUUCUUGGACGUGAACCGGAUGUUCGUUCGUUUCGAAGCUAAACCUGGGAUGCAGUUCAUGAGGGGUUUUAGUUUCAGCGUCAAAAUACUUAGACAUAGCACUUUCGAUUUCGAACCGGAGCCGAGCCCUGAGCCGAUCCGUCCUCUCCCACAUUCUACGAUCACGUUGAACUUGGGAGGCACAACCCUUGAAAACUUCAACGACCAGCAAGUGGAGGAAUUCCGCAAGAUAAUCGCUGAUAUGGCCACCAUGUAUAUCAACGCUAAUAAUAUCGAACACGGACUUAAUACAACGUUAGAAGCCACACAGAUCGUGAGCAGAGCGCAGUGCUUCCACAACUGGCCCAAAUUCGAGCAAUGCGUGGAGAUCAAGUUUGGCGUGUCCUUGGAGUAUGAUGAUGAUCAGGAACCCAGGCUAAAUGAAGAGGAUCUCACCAACAUGUGGCAGAUGUACUUCGAACAAGAUCCAUUUGCCACUCGGCUCAGGAGAAUGGGGAUUACGGAAUACCAGGUGCCUAACGAGCGCGGCGUGCUGGUCGUGUGGCUGGUGAUUGGCUGUGGUGUUUAUCUCUACAGGAUGCCUAGGUUCAGCGAGAGCGACAGUGUUCAGGAGAAGCGCGGCCUGGAUCUGUACCCCACACCUCACCAGACGUUGCCGCCGCUGUACGCUGAACGCGACUACAAGUGGACGGAUAAUACAUACCUUGACUCCACCAGAGUUGACUUGGACGGUUAUGCCAACAAAAACUAUCUAGCAGAUGACGGCUAUGGCCUUGACUCGGAUGAUGAGGCUGAUGCCAGGAAUAGCAACAGGCACAUAACUCCAAGGGACAUUUAUGUGUGAGGCUGACCAAAAGGUGAUUUUUAAUAUUAGGUACAGGAGCACCGAACAUGUAAGCGGUACAAGCGAAUUUGUGCCAUAAAAGAAUGGUAUAAGAUCGAAAUUGUACGGUGACUAUAGUUUUAAGUAUAACUAUGUGAUUUUAUAGUAAUAUCACGAUCGUACAUAAUGUAUAUAGCCAGCUAUAUUUACUUGCGUAUAUUUUCAUAUACAGAUUAUUACAGAUAUUUACAUUAUGCCAAAGCUAAAAUAUUAAAAUAAACAUACGUUAAUU